GCAGGAGCGGCCUUUUCUUCCUGCCUUUCCCACUGUGGUCCACUUCCUUUUUCGUUGUCUUCUAUUUAAUCAAGCCACAAGGCGACUGCACCAAAGGAUCGAAAUCCCUCUUCGCCUCUUCUUCUCUUCUCGGUUUUCAUCAAGGAUUUUGGGGGUUUCCUGAGCCAUGUUUCAGAGCCAGCUGGUUCCCAGGCCGCCAUCCUUCAGAGGCUCCCUCAAAGCCCUUGAAGCAGACAUCAACCAUGCCAACACCUUGGCGGAUGCUGUUCAAAGAGCGUAUGGUGGUGCUUGCCUUCAGAUGAGGUUGUCGUGUAGCCCCUUGGCGCCGUUCUUUGUUUACCUAAUGCAGUGGUUGGACUGCACUUGUUCUUAUGCUCUAACUAGCCAUUUAGGGCUUUUUCAAAUACUUGUUUACAAGGUUUAUGCAGAUGGCGUGACCACCAUAUCUACUUUCGAAAGAAGGGCGAGUAUUCGAGAAUUCUAUGGUAUCAUAUAUCCUUCCCUUCAACAGCUUGAAGGUAAUUUAGCAGAGAGAGAGCUGUCAAAAGAGAAAGUCCGAGCAAAAGAGAUAGUUGGUAGGAAAAGGGCAGAAGACUGGAAGAAAAUUUUCAAUAAGGAUUCAGACCGAGAUGAUGAAUGUGGCAUUUGUCUGGAAGUUUGCACCAAGAUGGUGCUGCCAAACUGCAACCAUGCCAUGUGCAUGAAAUGCUAUCGCGACUGGAAUGUGAGAUCUCAGUCCUGUCCCUUCUGUAGAGGAAGCAUUAAGAGAGUGCGCUCAAGAGACCUGUGGGUGCUUACGAACAAGAGCGAUGUGGUUGAUACAAUGACUUUGGAGAUCGAUAAUUUGAAGCGCUUAUACAGGUAUAUAGAUAGUUUGCCACUGAUCAUUCCAGAUACUCUUUUCUUGGUUUACUACGAUUAUGUAGUAUGAUCAGGAGAUUCGAGGAGAAAAUUGUACAGAUUGCUAAAAGCCGACCUUUCCUUGUGGAUUGGGUCUGGUAAGAAAAAAAUAUUCCAACUUUCACACUUCACAUGUUCUACUAUGGAAUAGAGUACUACUUUAACUCUCCCUAGAAUAAUGCAAAUAAAUUCUGUACUUGGGAUCCAAAAUGGCAUUUUCAGGGACCUGAAAAGGCUUUGUGUAAAGGGUAAACAAUUAUAAAAAAGUAAUGCUAAUGACCUCUUGAUUGGGCA